CCCCCAACACCUGCGGGGCAGCGAACCGAGGAUAUCCGCUAGGUUUUCAGCGAUUUCUUACAGGAAACGGACCAUAACUGAGCUGCGUGGAGACGUUUGCAGCAAUCUUUUAUUUGUGCAAAAUCAAAAGGAAAAGUCAGAUGGACAGCACGCUAGUAUUUGUAAUGAAAGAGGCGCCUUACAAGUGAAACUGACAGCUUGAGUGAAUCUUGACUCUUGAGUUGACUCGAGUCGAUAUAGUCUUCAUGCCACUGCACUGUACUGGUCUUGGCUCUCUAGACUUGGCACAUAUAAAUUUCUGAUAAGUGGCAUCGGGAUUGAAAGAGGAUUGACACUAUGUCGGAAGCUGAGCUGAUUGUCGCAAACUCCAUCAAAGUGUUGACCCAGAAUGGAGAGUGUCGGGUCGACCUCUGUCUUGGUGACAUCACAAGACUGCCGAUGGAGGAUAAAAUGGACGUCAUCGUCAUCUCGGCUUUCAGAGGUGACUACUCUCCCUCUCCUCAGUCAGUGAUCGGUGCCCUCCAGCGCACCUUUAAUCUCAGCGUGGAAGAUGUAGCCAAGGACAAGGAGGAAGAUCUCCGCAAGCUCUACUCCUGCUGGUGGUCUAAGCCCCUACCCAGCAGGCUUCCUUACAGGAGGUUGCUAUGCUUUGAGACUCGCAGGGUUAUGGAUGGACGUCCCCAAGAGUUGGUUGCAAAUGUUUUCCGUUGCCUGGUUCCUAUACUAAACAAUGAAGAUGGAACAGUCAUUACUCCACUGCUCAACGCCCAACAGGGAGCUGAUGAGGUAGCAAUGUUAAAAGGUAUGGUAGAAGCAGCGGUAAACUGGAUGAAAGCGGGUCUUCCCCUAAGACGGAUGAAACUAGUCCUCUACGUACAGCUCAAAGAUGGUGAGGUCCAGGGUCACUCCCUCAAACGAUUUGAGGAUGUGACAAAGACUUUUGAUGACCUCAAAGAACGCUAUGAAAUGCAGUUGCUCCUUCCCAAGGCAGUGCCAUUGGAGUUUGACGUGUACCUGUCAUUCAGCAAAGAGGAUGAAGAGGUUGCCAAGGUGAUUAAGGAGAAGCUGAGCAGUGCUAAGGAGGGCGUCGUCAUCUACGACAGCUCCCAGCAGGCAAUGAAUACAGACAAUGUGUUUCAACAGGACAUGUACUCUGUCAUGAUGAAAAGUGCCAGGAUAGUUACAGUUCUCAGUCCAAACUACCUCAAAAACAAUGCCUGCAUAGAGCAGUACAACAUCGCCCUCUGUUGUAACCGCAGGGCUCUACGGGACAUGCUUGCUCCAUUCUACGUGGACUCUGUGGAGAUGAUGCCAACUUAUAUGGGGCUGGUGCAGUAUGUAGACUGCAGACCCCAUGAUCCAUCCAAGAUCCAAGACGCUUGUUCGUCGCUGUCUGUCUCCCUCUCGAUCACCCUCCACACCGAGCUCACCGUCGCUGAGUUUGAUCCCCUUCGCUAUGAUGUCUUUCUCUCAUACUCUCACCGUGACACGGAGAAGGCCAAUUGCUUUGUGGACAUGCUGCAGAAACUGGCUCCGAAUUUGAAGAUUUUCUUUGACGUACAGGAACUGAAAGCAGGGAAAUCCUGGCAGCGUACCCUCUAUCACUCUAUUGAUGGCUCUCGUUGCAUGCUAGCUCUCAUAUCAGAACCAUACCUCAAGUCAGCUGUGUGUCAGGAAGAAUUUGCCCUUGCUCAGGCCAAGCACUUUCAAAAGGGCAAACAGCACCUACAGCUGGUCCCCAUCUCUCUUGAAGAUCUGGACACCAUCCAACCUGAGUUCACUCACAUCCCAAUGGUCAAGGGAACACCUGAUGUCUUUGAAGAUACUGUCAACACCAUAUGUCCAGCAGUUGUCCACUGGCUAACAGGAGGCAAGGUGGACACAAGUGAAGCUCUCACCAAAAUGUUUGAUGAGGACAAUGUAAGUUCUGUUUUUCCAACAAAGUUUUCAUUUUUCCUCACUUGGGCCUCUCAUAUGCAUGAAUUUGAAUUUGAAUUGUAUUAGUAAACUUCAUUCAUACACAUGAACAUUUUGUUUCACAAUACAUAUAUAAAACAAUUAUAUAAGCAAGAAAAUCAACAAGUGGUAUAGUUUCUCGAGUAAUCACAAAUUAACAAU